UCACUUGCAAAUUCACUUACCUCGAAUCGAAAUGGCGUCCUCGAGGACUAUUGUGCUCUUUGGCCUACUCUUCGCCAUUGUUCUCCUCGUCUCCUCUGACGUCUCGGCACGUGAGCUCGCCCAGGACACUCAGUCUCAGGAGAGCGUGAAGGAGGCUAACUACGGCCACGGAUAUGGACCUGGCUAUGGCAAGGGUCAUGGCAGCUACAGCCAUGGCGGAAAGGGGUAUGGAGGCGGCUAUGAAAAGGGUCAUGGCGGCCACGGCUACGGUGGUCACGGCCACGGUGGUCAUGGCUAUGGCGGUCAUCACGGUGGUCACCCUCCGGAAGAAACUGAAGAUGUCAAGAAUUAGAUAAUGGACUCAGUGGGUCCAUCAUCCUGUGGGGAAUGUAUGAGUAUGCCAUGUAACUCGUGGAAGCUUAAAAGCUUUUGUAAUAAUGGUCGAAUAAAACGGUUUCUUCACUGUUGUGAGCAGCUUUCUUGCAUUUCA